CCUGGCGCGUGCGCAGUAGGUGAGGCUGGGGAAAUUCAUGUGGAGGUCAGAGUGAAAGCAGGUGUGAGUGGAUGCAACGGACAGGAUCAUGGCUGCCAAAGUGUUUGAGUCCAUCGGAAAGUUCGGCCUGGCUUUAGCAGUCGCAGGAGGCGUGGUGAACUCUGCCUUAUAUAAUGUGGAUGCUGGGCACAGAGCUGUCAUCUUUGACCGAUUCCGUGGAGUACAGGACAUUGUGGUGGGGGAAGGGACUCACUUUCUCAUCCCUUGGGUACAGAAACCAAUUAUCUUCGACUGCCGCUCUCGACCACGGAACGUGCCGGUCAUCACUGGGAGCAAAGACUUGCAGAACGUCAACAUCACACUGCGUAUCCUCUUCCGGCCAGUGGCCAGCCAGCUUCCUCGCAUCUACACCAGCAUCGGCGAGGACUAUGACGAGCGGGUGCUGCCAUCUAUCACCACAGAGAUCCUCAAGUCAGUGGUGGCUCGCUUCGAUGCUGGGGAACUGAUUACCCAGCGAGAGCUGGUCUCCAGGCAGGUGAGCGAUGACCUCACAGAGAGAGCAGCCACAUUUGGGCUCAUCCUGGAUGACGUGUCCCUGACACAUCUGACCUUUGGGAAGGAGUUCACAGAAGCAGUGGAAGCCAAACAGGUGGCUCAGCAGGAAGCGGAGAGGGCCAGAUUUGUGGUGGAAAAGGCUGAGCAGCAGAAGAAGGCAGCCAUCAUCUCUGCUGAAGGUGACUCCAAGGCAGCUGAGCUGAUCGCCAACUCACUGGCCACAGCAGGUGAUGGCCUGAUUGAGCUGCGCAAGCUGGAAGCUGCUGAGGACAUUGCCUACCAGCUCUCCCGCUCUCGCAACAUCACCUACCUGCCAGCGGGCCAGUCCGUACUCCUCCAGCUUCCACAGUGAGGCCUCCUACUCCAUGACCAGACCAACCAGGCCACGGCCUCCAUCGUUCUGCCCCACCCCAGAAAUCACUGUGAAAUUUCAUGAUUGGCUUAAAGUGAAGGAAAUAAAAGUAAAAUCACUUCAGAUCUCUGAUUAUAAAAUGAAGCUUUUAUUGUUCCACUUUUUCUUUUUUUUUUAACCCACUUUCCUAUCCAAAGUUGCCAAGUGCCUAUGCAAACUGGCUUUGAGCCUUUUGGAACCUGCUUGCCUUCCACCCUAGGCACUGGCAGUUGGCAGAAGAAGGGCAGGGCAGUGUGUGAUGGAUGGGAGCACAGUGGGCAGCCUGAAAGACCUAUAUCCUGUUGCAUUUUGAAGAUUUAAGGACAGUGGCACACACACUUGAACCAAAAAGGCAAGCCCUCAAUUUUUCCAGCCAUUUGAAUCUGCACAGACGCAGCUGGGGAGGGCCAGAGGAAGUGCUCUAUCUUAACCGUAAGGCCCUUUCCCUCCAAUUAUGGCCAGCGAAAGCAGAUGUGUGCGAACCAGGGCACGGAGUGAAGAAUCUGCCCAUCCAGGUGGGUGGGCCUAACCGCUGCCCCCACCAGAGUCCUAAACCUGGGAUGGACUUGGAUAGUGCAAGAGGCCUGGACUGAGAUGUGAGUCCUGUUUGAAGACUUCCUCUCCACCCCCCACCAUUGGUCCUCUUAAAUACCCAAUGGGAUUCCAACUUGAAGGAUUGCAUCCUGCCCGGCCAAGCAUACCUGCCAAGGACGGUGUGGCUGCCUUCCCGCUCCCUCUCUCGAAGCUUGCCCUUCCCUCCCAAGGCCUGUGGGCCAGUGCUCCGAAGGAAGCAAUCAAGGGAAGAAAACACAGUGUAAGCUGCUGUCAAUAAACGACACCCAGACCUUC